CCUCGACAGGGUUUACGUCCACUUCCGUUUUGAUAAAAAUGCUCCGUAACCUCAAAUUAGUUUUGUGGAUUCAGGUUGUUUUUGUUUGUUUGUGUGUUUGAAUCAUGUCAUCCAGCAGAUCUGAGACAACUUCCUGCCAGAAGAAUGUCAAAUCAGACUUCGAGGAGCUGCUGGGCCGAUUCCAGGCGACACAGUCGGUUCGGUUCGAGGUGUUCGUCAACAUCUGGAGGGAGAUGAAGUUCGCCCAGAUAUUCUGGGGCACCAGAAACCACAAGAGACGGAUGUUCAGUCGUCUGGUCCUGGACGCAGCUUACUGCUACUUCCUGCCUCCGUUCAGCUUUCAGAUCCGCGUUGGAGGACUUUACCUGCUGUACAGUUUGUAUCACAGUCAGACGGCCUGUCCCCCUGAGCAGAUCCGUCUGGCCAUGAAGGACUGGGAGGAGGUGAAGAAGUUUGAGAAGGACGCAGUGUCCGCUCAGCACCUGGACGUCAUAUAUGUCCUUCGACAGCUGAUGUCGUGCAAAGCGUUCCACUUCACGGCGAUGCCGGUUCUGCUUUUCUACAACAGGAAGCGGACUGAGAACAGGUCGGAGCUGUGCGAGUCAUUUGUGGAGCAAACGUCUCGUCCGCAGGAACUGAUCCACUCCGAGCUGCUGGAGGAAAUGUCCAACAUCAACAACCUCUACACAAAGAUGAAGACGUCCGCUGUCUCUCAGAAGAUGGAGUCGGGUGACUCGUCCCUUAAUCUGAUCCAGAAAGACCUGGUCUCUCAGCUUCGCAGCACGGUGCUGGACUUCUACACCUGGCAGCAGAGAAAGGGAACUGGUGAUAAUAAUAAAAACAGCCUGGAGGGAACUUCUUCUCAGCACGAGAGCUCCAGUAGAGCCGAGCUCAUAGCUUCCAUCAAGUCGAAGGCUUACGGAGAAGCAGCCGAGGUCUCCAAGUCGAGGCGUCAUCGUCAGGUGGAGAUGUUCUCCACCCCCGAGGAAACUGGACACGUCCCUAAAUCCAGCAUAACCAUCAAACCGACUCUCAGAAACAGAACCAAGGAGACAUUCCACGUGUCCG